AUGCUUCCCAGCAGAACCGAUAUCCUCGACCCUACAUCUUCUAUGACUGGGGCAACAAUCGGGAAAUUGUUCAUGCCUUCCCUACAAGCCGCACCUCUCUACAGGCUCUCCUCGGUCAGUAGGCCUCCACCCCUUGUCCGAAGAACGAGGUACACGAAUGCGUCUGUCUGGAAGCGUGUCGGGUUUGAGGGGUUUGUUACCUGUGUGUGUGAGAGAGAGAAAGAGAGAGAGAGCUCAUUCCUGCAGGAUGCUAAGGCAAUCAGAACACCUCGAAGCACACCAUUCACCUUCAACUUUCAGAAUAAGGCAAAAAGACACUCCGGGGCGAAAAGUUGGCAGCAGGAUAGUUUAGCCUCGAGGAGAUAA